AUGGCUGCUACAUAUGCAAAUGAUGUGACUGAUCAAGACUACUCGCCCCUCCUGGUCGAGUUCCCAGAGUCUCCACGGAUUCGCUACACGCAUAAAUAUUCAGAGUCAGACGAUGAGCAUUAUGGAUGCCCUUCUGACGGCGAGGAGAGACUGGGAGAUGAGAUUGAGCCAAACUGCAAUUCUUAUUCCAGCACGAUUUCCAAAAGAGAUGAUGACCAACCGCUCGCAGACGCAGAGUCUGUGGAUGUGCUAGCUGCACAUGAUCGGAUUAUCCGGCACGAAAAAGCCAGACAGAAUAACGUAGCACUUAUGAUUCUUGAAGGAAAGGUUCCUGCAAGUAAUCAGUCUCAAUUGAUUCAGCGCAGCCGCAGUAUGCCACACCGUCGAAAACAGGGGACUCGUGUGCAGCGCGCAGAGCGAUCGCCAAAGCCGCCUACUUAUCCUGGGCUGCAGCAGUCGAGACCUUCAACUCUGGAGCCAAAAAUACACCCAACAUCUUCUUUGACGCAGGCAAAUAUGCCCUCAUCAGCAGGUAUAGCAACUGGGUCGCGUCGUGCCGUCACAGCUCCGAUACAGACACGAAAUAUCACUGAUACUUCCUACGAUGUUAAUACGCCGCACAUGGGCUGGGACAAACAAAUGAAAUCUGUGCAAGCAGCUAUGGCAAAAAUGAAUAUACAGUCACCAAGUCAAGGUGUUGCUCAAAAUGCUAUGCGAAUUUUCUUACAAACAACGCAAAAGUACUUGGUCGUCCCAAUGCAUGAGAAAACAGUCGUUUGGAAUGCGCUCCAGUAUAUAUUUGCGCAAGGAGGGGUUCCAACUUCAAUGGGUGCGCACAAUAACUGGGCUAUAUUUGACGUUUUGCCUGAUUUAAGUCUGGAACGUCCGCUGCGAGAAUAUGAGCGCUUAUAUGAGGUUUCUCGUGCACGCGGAUCCAAUACAGGAUUUUUUCUUGUCAAGAUGGUGGAUUGGCCAGAACUAUUGCGUGCUGCGUCGAUACCAUCUUUUUCCUCAAUCCUGGGUGGAUUUGUCUCGAUUCAAGCUGAAGAUGGAUGGACGCGGCGUUGGCUUGAGCUUCGAGAACAUGCGAUAUUUGUUGCUAAGUCAGAGACAAGCAAACCAGAUGGCUGCAUAUGUUCGAUGUUGGAUGUGGAUAUAUAUUUGGGCGACCCACAACGUAAUACAGGGCCGAAAGGCUUUUCUUUUGCUUUGCGAACUCAAGGUUCACAUGCAACCACCUUGCUUCUUGCCGCACAGUCAGAUGAAGCAGCGCAUAAUGACUGGUUUAAAAACAUAUAUCGCGCUCGAUCAUAUGUGCUGUGCCAGGAACGGCCAGAUUUGCUUAAAGCGGCGAGAGCGGUUGAACGUACAGAACAAAAAGUCGCAUCUAUCAGACGUACUAAAAGUGUCCGAAAACAAGCGGCACUUCAAAGAAGCAAUGCGGCUCAACACUCGCGAGCAUCUUCACAAUCUAGUGCUCCUCUUAUUCAAAAUGAUGCAUUUCAUAUGCAAUUUGAAAGGGGCAGCCUGCUUGACUCUAUGGAACGUUCAAAACCCAUACAUUAA